ACCGCGAAGCAAUGAUGUAGUUCAGGGCGAGUGGAAGCAUGUAUGCUGCAAAGGCCGUGCCACGCAUUGAGACAAUGAUUCUACGUACCCCCAUCUCCUUUGUUUCAACAUUAAAAAUGCGUGUAUGUAUACCAACUCAAACCCUACUGUUGGGCAGAGCAUCUCAGUUUCAGACAAGAUGGAAGGGCAGAAGCAGGAUAUGCAGAGACCCGGGCUUGAAGGGCAUAAAGGCCCUGUUACCAUUGGAGAGGUCCUCCAAGUAGUAGGAGUGCGGCAUCCGGAGAAGCAAAUUGACAUAGCAGUGGUGAGUGCAAUAAGGAGUGCAGAGGGAAGAGCUACAGGGGUCAAGGAUGGCCUUCCCAAUGGCCCUGCCACUCAAGCUCAGCAUGUUCUUGACAGGAGGACAAACCCUACCCUCGCAAACGCUGGCCCUGAGCCUACUUUGGGCACAAUUUUGGCUCAUGCUAAGGAUACCCAACAACUGGAGAAGCCAGUAAAUCUGAGGGAUGCACAAAGGAUUACAGAAGCUGAAAUGAGAAACAGUCCAACAGGCCAAAUUGAACCUGACGGCAUCGGUGCAGCAGUCCAGGCUGCUGCCGACUAUAAUGUUGCUUGUGGACAUGUUAAUCCCAACGCUCAGUAGACAUGAACAAAGCCAACCUUUAAUUUCUUGGAAGAAGAAUGUAUAUAUAUAUAU